AUGGACGAGCUACCAGAAAUCAUAUACGAGGCUGGCGAGUUCUCCUUCGUCCACCUAUUCAAGGAGAAAUCCUUCCAGGAGACUGUGACGGUUGUGCGCAAGAAAUUAGGACUUGCGCCCAGCGCACCACUACGGCUUGCGCAAGUCCGUGGCGAGAACCGAUACCCGCUCGCAGAUGCCGAUGACUGGGCAGCAUUUAGCACAUACGUCCGUAGGCGCAAUAAAGGCACUAUUGAUGUCACGGUGCGGAACCGCGACGUGACGGCUUCAUGGACAGAUGGUUUUCCUAACGAGAAGGGCUCAAAGGAGAGCAAGAGGAGUAAGCGUCAACGGGAGGAGGAUGACGAAGCUCCAGCUGAGCCUCCCGUGACCAGAAAGCAGAAGAAGGAGAAGAAGAUGCUGAAGGCAAAGGAGGAUGCGGAACGGGAGGAUCAGACCAAAGGGCAAUCGACAAAACGCGCUCGGUCGCCUAGCCCUCCGCCUGCUACUGCUACACAGAAGUCGGGAUCGUCGAAACCGCCGAAGAUCAAACCUGUGCCAGAUACUACCUUCUCUGAUGCCAUCGAACGCGCGCAGAAGAAGCGCAAGGUUGCGUUCGAGGAUCCUGCGCCUGCUCCAGUGGCUGCAUCCGGCGCAUCUGAGAGCGACUCGAAUUCAGAUUCAGAUUCGGAUGAAGUGGUUGUUGAGCCAGUGGCCUCCACGUCGCGUACUGUGGCUACCGUCAAACCGUCGCAAGCAAGUCGUAAAGGCGAACUCUCGACGUCCGCACCUAUAUCAUUGCAACUCCCCGUUACGCCUAAGAACCCAAAGCAAGCGAAGGGCAAAGGCAAGGCCCCGGCCACACCUGCUUCUCCUAAGGCUGCAUCGUCUGAUGAGGGUUCCGACUCCGACAAGCCUGCGCCUCGGGCUUCAUCUUCAUCUGCCACUCAAAGUGCCAUAGCAAAGGCAUCCACGGCAUCGAAGAAGAGCGCGAAGGCUCCCUCAAAGCCCGCUGCGCCACAAACCUCUGCUACUGCUGGAUCUUCAUCCGAGGAAGAGAGCUCAUCUGAGGAUGAGACGGCAAGGCCUACUCCUGUCGCCAAAUCGGAUGUCAGCGCUGGGAAGACAGUCGCUAAACCUACUGUUGCCACUUCAUCUAAAGCAACAAACGCCAACUCCGCUGCCCCAGCCGAGACAAAUGACAAGCGCAAGGCUACUGCGCCAGCGAAGACAUCAACCGUGGCUCCCAGAUCGUCCAUUAGCAACGGGCUUCAACACUUCAUCGAUAACUUCACCCCUCCUGCAGAAGGUUCCGUCCCGCCCAAAUCCUCAGCCAAGGGCCGUCGGGCGUCGUUGCCUGCUCCUACACCCGCCGCCUCGGCGUCGCCUGCGCCGACUGUGGAGACCAAUGAAACAAAGAAGAAGCGGAAGCGCGCCACGGACGGCGCUGCGAUGCUUGCUCAGACACCGCCCGCCGAAAGCGGUGAGCCUUCGGGCACAGCACCAGUACCAAACAAGAAACGCAAGGUGGCGGCGGACGGUGCGCCUCAACCUCCUUCGCAACCCGCGCAGGAACCGAGUACGCCCGCGAAGGGGAAACGUAAGCUCAAGGACAAGUCUGCCCCUCCCGUUCCCGCAACUACCCUCCCCAAGUCUGCCGAUACCGAGUCAGUCGUUUCCGCGGAUGAUAUCCCUAGCAGUGCCACGCGCAGAAGCCGGAAAAAGAAGAGACGGGCUUUGAAAACGGCAUUAAGAGACUCCACAGUCCCUGAAUCUUCGCCCGUUCCACCCAGCCCCCAUCCCGCUCGUGGCCCUUCAACUGCUUCGACGACGCGCGCUUCAGUCGUCAAGCCCUCCGGGCCGCCCGUUGCGCCCGUACGGAAGGCUUCAUCUCCUACCGGUUCUGACUCGGGAGACGACUCGCCAGUCCCUACAACUGCUACUACGGCAGCUACCACGAAACAUGCCGCGCCUGCAUCAGUGCUGGCCAAGACGUCCACAAAACCCGCUGCUGCCGACCAGUCCUCUAGCUCGCCGGAGCCCGCGCCCGCGCCUGUACAAAAAGGUACCGCUGCUGCGACGCGCCCUACAACCUCGACGCCCGCAAGACCAGCCAAAGCUCCCGUCGCCCCCGCGCCUGCGCCGAAGGUCGCGCCCACUACUACCGAGUCAGACGACGAGAGCGAUGAGCCCACGGCCACGGCCAAGCAAGCGUCAGCUGCAAAGGACGCGACUCCGGCGCUUGUGAAGACCGCUCCCGCUCCUGCAUCGGCUUCGGGCACGGAUACCGACGAUGAAGCAGAGCCUGAGGCGAAGAAGGUUUUGGCGCCCACAACACCUGCUCCUCUACAACCACCGGAUGUUAGUUCGUCUACAUCACCCUCUGACUCGGAGGACGCGCCUCCGCCAGCGAAGAGCGUAACGGCAAAGGCAGCUCCGGUCGCCGUUUCACCUUCGCCUUCCUCUGGCUCCAGUUCGGAUUCAGACGGCGACGCUACGGGAACCGUUAGCACAGCCAUCCCCACGACGACCAUUCGUAUGGCGCCAUCUGGCGCGUCUUCGAGCUCGAAGGUCGCGUCAAAGUCGACCGAUGGCAAUGGACCUGCGUCAACUCUUGCAUCUGCAUCUGUAGCAUCUCGGGCUAAACAGGGGAAGCCGACGCCGCUCUCGAAUGAUACGGAGAAAAGCCUCGUGGAGGACCUUAACAAUGCCUUACGGCAUAACGCUCGUGAAGACACUGGUGAUGAGGACAGCACAGGUACUCAUCGAGAGAAGGCGAGACCAAUCCCGAAGGAGGGAAAGGAUGUGCCCGCUGUAGACUCUGGAUCUGACACGGAGGAAGAGGAGGAGGAAGCGAUGCCCAAGGAGAAGGGAAGGCCAACCACGGCCGACGACGCAUCCAACGGGGAGCUCAUGGCUACGAAAUCCACCAUCACACUCAACGUCGAUCCCAAUCUAGAGUCUGCAGACGCCAGCCACUUGGACUCUGGAGACAUUGCCGACGGUGAGGACGAGGCGAUCUGCGCCGCUUGUCAGGAACCCGCCGAGCAUUUGCUCGAAGCCUGCCCAGUCGUUCGUGCUGGAGUCGGGUCGAUCCAGGAGACCCUCGAUGCCCUGGAGGACGAUCCUGAGCUGGCGAGUCCAGAGGACACGGCGAAGCUGCGAGAGCUACUUGCCAAAGCGCGUGCCAAGGCAUCCGCAUCGAAGCCAACGAAUCUCGCCGCCGCCAUCGCAUCUUCAUCGCCUGUCCAUUUGUCCAGUCAGCUCUCUACGCCCAUUUCGUCGGCACGCCCCUUAAUCCCUUCCAACCUGCGUAUUCAGGAAGUCAGCGUCGAGACUCAGGACGAAGGCAGUAGUGCGGAAAGUGACGAGGAUAGCGACAGCGAGUCUCUCCAAGGGCCGUUGACGCAGCGACCGCCGCCACCGUCCCAAAUCGAGCCGGAAGAUGAAGCGCUCGCUCUUCUUUAUGGUACCCAGAAGAGCGCAGCCGACGCUAUACCAUCAAGUUCAGAGGAUGAAGGUGAUGAUGAUGACGAGGACGAAGAUGCGGGGAAGCUUGAGCUCGAUGACGAGGAGGAUCUUACGAAGGAUAUCAAGAGACGUCGGUCUAAUGCACGUGGACGGGAGAAAUCAUCAUCUGAAGAACGUGCUAUACAGCGGGAAGACGAAGAGGAUGAUGAAGGUGGUAACUCGCGCCAACUCUCAGAGGCAGCACCAGUUGUGAUGGACGCGGAUGUCGAGAUAGAGGUCCCCCCGCAGGUCGUCGAUCAUGAUCAGGCUACCGCCGCCCCUGCCACGUCCUCUGCGAUACCACUCGUCCCCGCUCUUGUAGAAGAAGGCUCUGCUCUCCAGUCUCCUUCAGAUGACACCGCAGUUGAGCGGUCCGACAUUGGUCGUGAUGCAGAGAAGCGACAUACCGUCGGCCCCAAGUCUGCGGAACUCAGCCCGGCGACGCCUGAGCUCGUCGAGGGAGAGUUUGCAGGACAACCGCCCGUUCCUGUUCCCUCUGUCGCGCAGGACGUCCGACCGGUAUCUUCAUGGCCACCACCUCGACUUUCUGGCACCCCUGUCGAGGAUGUCGAGGACGCACCUGCUCGUUCGCCCCCUGCAGUUACUGCCGACAAGGACGACAUUGAGUCUGACGCUUCACGACCACCAACCCCGCCGGCGCGAGUCGAUGGCGAUCCUAUCGAGCCGGCUACACAGCCGCCACACCCUGCCGCACAACCAACCCCACCUGUGGAUGAUACUGAGGACCCUGCACCCACGCAGGCUACGGAGGAUGCCCAAUCUUCAGACGACGAAGAGCCGCAGCAGCCCGUCACUCGGCAGACAAGACGGACAACUCGUUCUCAGACUGUCGAUUCCACUGGACCGGGAUCGUCGCAGCCCGCGCCAGCCGGGCGCAGGGGCAGAACCAAGUUGACGGAGGAGGAGAAGGCUCGACGGGAGCAAGAGAAGCUGGAAAGGCAAGCUGCGAAGAAGGAAGAAGCUGCUGCAAAGAAAGCCGCCAAGGAGGCUGAGAAAGAGGAGAAGGCUCGCAUCAAAGCGGAGAAGGCGCAGGCGGCAAAGGAAGCUAAGGCUGCGACAGCAGCUGCAAAGAAGAAAGGUCCGGCAUCCAAGGCCGCCCCAGCGCCUAAAGCAUCAUCUUCCCGCGGCGCUCGAGCAACCUCAUCACAGGUCUCAGAAGUUGACAAGGAACAUGAAACGCAAUGGACGGCGCUUGUAGAUAAACCGUUCUCCCAAGAGCACGAGCGCGACCCAGAACACUAUGCAUCCUCCGCCGUCGACGAGCUGCAAUCCAGUCCGAAGGAUCCGGCGAGUGAAGCCAACGCACCUCGUACACUGGUGUCACCCCCAGCUUCGCAAUACCCUCCGCUGACUCCGAUGCCCUUCGGUCCUAGACGCGAGCCUCUCUUCAUUCCUGAUAGCCAAGUUCCUGCUACCCAGACGACGGCACACCCAGAUUCCUCGGACGAUGAACGCCCCGUACGACCCAUGCGUCUAACGCGUCUCAAGUCUGUCGGCACUCCGUCCAGAUCGCUGAGUCAACUUGAAGCGCAAGGCCGCGGUGUAUUCUCUCAACCAUCCACGCCAUAUGUUGAGCUACCCCCGCCUACCCGUGGCAAGCGUCGGCCCACACAGCUCAGGAAGGCGGUUAGCUCGAGCUCGAGCUCCGACGACUCGGAUGACGAUGCGCCGAAGAAGUCACACAUCCCCAAAGGCAGACGUGCCGGCUCAAACUUGACACGCAAACCAUCGAACGGAGCGCGUCGUUGA